AUGGAUAUUGACGCUGAUACAAUUGCACCAACCACGGGAUUCGCCACAGAGCCUGAACCGACGCUACUCUCGUACGACGAGACGGUCCCAUACGAAGAGCAAAUACAACCGGAGAAUGACCCCUCAAGUUUGGCAAACCGUAUAGGCAAAGGGAAGAUCUAUCUUCUUUCUGAAGCUGCAGGAAGUUCUUCAGUAAAGCGAAGAGCAACUUCAGAAGUGCAGGAUGCCGACGAAGACAUGAUGGACGACGACGAUCCAUUCUUUCAAGACCCAAACAUCCGACCGAACGCUCUAUUCUUCACAGGCCAACCAAUUGCAUACCUCCCAACCACCCGCAUCUUCGCCUACGCAACGCACUUUGAAGCGCACCCACUAGGCUUGGAGUGGGUCUCGGACACAACCUGCGUCCUCGUCUUCUCGUCAAAAGCAGAAGCCAAACGGGCUUACGCAGCGCUCCAAAAGACACCCGGGGAGGAAACCAGCGUCGAGGACGGCUGUGUCACCGCAAAGUCUAUCCCAGUCGCGCUCUGGCCACCCGAGGAGAGGAUAACGCGGACGCUAGGGAUCGCUUUAAACGGAAAGGAAGGUGACGCAGAGGCAACUGGGAAUGAGGAGAGGGAGAAGAGGAAGCAGGGUCUUGCGGCCCCGCUCCGGAUGCGCUGGGCGACCAAGGACGAUGUGAAGAAGAAAGGUGCGCGGAAGGAGAGCGAGUUCUACAAGAAGCAUGGGCGACUUGCGGGGAAGGAACUCAUCAACGGAAGGGAUAUACCCACUCUCCCUGGAGCAGCCAACCGUAAACGCAGGCGAGACGAGAUGGAGGAGGACGAUGAUGCUAUACGAGCGCGGUUGGAUCGAGAGCUCGAUGAAUUCCUCGCGGAAGAGCCUGAUUCUGAAGAUGGCCGUGCAGGGAAGGAAUCCGCUUCGAAUCCAGAAGACGAGGGGGAUGCGGCAGUUCCAGAUUCACCGCCUUCCAAAAUGCGCUCCGACUAUAUCGCUGAUGAUGGUCGGACGGUGAUCCAGAAGAGAGGGUCGAGUGCUUCUGGUGGGAUGUGGUCGAGGGGUGGCGGGAGCUCGGGCAGGCGGUCGCGAGGAGGGAGAGGGAGAAGGCGCGGAGGAGAUGAUGAUAUGGACAUCGAGCCUAGCCAUGGCUUGAGUCUCAGCGAACGGUUACAAGGCUCUGCGUCCGGUCGUUGGGAACGAGGCAAUAGCCCUGGAGCACCCGACCGCAAACGACGCCGCGGUGGUGGCGGAGACCGCGACCGAAACGACAGCCCACGGCCAAGGAGAGGAGACAGCGAGAGAAGGAGAGGUGGAGGCAGGACUGAACCUCGGCCGAAGAAAACGCAGCAAGAGCUGGACGACGAAUUGGAUGCUUUUCUCAGACAGGGUUAA